AUGGUUACCAUGGAGAACGAGCAGCUGCCAGCCCCCCCUCCGACCAGCAGCGCCACGGCAGCCACGGCCACCAGCAAUGGACGCCAGGCAGGGCCACAAAUCUCUGUGUACGGAGGGAUCCCCGAUCGCCAGACCGUUCAGGUAAGUGGAAAGGCCCUCCUGUUCGGAGGAGCUAAGGCAGACGGGGAGAAGACGCCCCAGGCUUGAACCAGGAUAAUCCAACCCCUGCUUGCCUUUGUGUCUGAUCCAGCUGAGGAGUUGUGCAUAUUGUAUUGUUGUUUUAUUACAUUUACAGUAUAUCCCACCUUUUCUCCCCCGUCUUUCAUUUUGCCCUUGGCAUACAAGGCGCUCCCUUUCUUCAUUUAAUCCUCACAACAACCCUGUGAGGUAGGUUAGCCUGAGAGGUCAGCAACUGGCCCCCAAGGUUGCACCUAGGGAGAUUCACGGCCUAUGAGUGGGGAUUUGAACCCUGCUCUCCCUGGUCCAACUCACUAGCCACAAAAUUGACUCUCACUUAUAUUAGAUUAAUACAGUGGUGCCUCGCAAGACGAAAUUAAUUCGUUCCGCAAGUUUUUUCUUCUUGCGAGUUUUUCGUCUUGCGAUGCACGGUUUCCCAUAGGAAUGCAUUGAAAAUCAAUUAAUGCGUUCCUAGGGAAACCGACUUCAGACCAGGUCCGGGGACAGUCUGUCCCCCGACCUCUUCUGAAGGCUGGGGGGGACAAGGGCUUUUCUUCCCACUCCACCCCAGCAUUUUAAAACCCGGGACAGCGGAGGGCUUCUCCGCUGUCCGGGGCGAUCUUAAAAUGCUGGCGGGCGGCAUUUUAAAAUUGCUCCGGGACAGCGGAGGACUUCUCCGCUGUCCGGGGCAAUUUAAAGCCCCUGGGAAGGCAGGCAGGGGGACAAAGACUUUUGCCCCCGCCAGCCUUCAGAAGAGGUCCUGGACCUCUUCUGAAGGUUGGCGGGGGGCGAAAGUCUUUGUGCCCCCCCCACCUGCCUUCAAAAGCUGUCCAGCCAAGGCUGCGUGACCUCUCCGCAAGCAGCGGCAGCACUGCCGCUGCUUGCGGAGAGUUGCCGGCAUGCCGAGGCCUGCGCGCGCUGAGAUCAGCGCGCCCAGGCUUCGCGGACCUCUCCGCGAGCAGCGGCAGCGCUGCCGCUGCUUGCGGAGAGUUGCCGGCAUGCCGAGCCUGCGCGCGCUGAGAUCAGCGCGCCCAGGCUUCGCGGACCUCUCCGCGAGCAGCGGCAGCGCUGCCGCUGCUUGCGGAGAGUUGCCGGCAUGCCGAAGCCUGCGCGCGCUGAGAUCAGCGCGCCCAGGCUUCGCGGACCUCUCCGCGAGCAGCGGCAGCGCUGCCGCUGCUUGCGGAGAGUUGCCGGCAUGCCGAGCCUGCGCGCGCUGAGAUCAGCGCGCCCAGGCUCAGCGGGACCUCUCCGCGAGCAGCGGCAGCGCUGCCGCUGCUUGCGGAGAGUUGCCGGCAUGCCGAGGCCUGCGCGCGCUGAGAUCAGCGCGCCCAGGCUUCGCGGACCUCUCCUGCCUUCAAAAGCCGUCCGGGAUAGCGGGAAGCGCUUCCCUGCUAUCCCGGACUGCUUUUAAAAUGCUGGCGGUGGGGAGCAAAGCCAUUCGGCCCCCGCCCGCCUUCCUGGACCUCUUCUGAAGGCCGGAGGGGGGGGGGGAGGCGUUGCUCCCCCCCGCUAGCCUUUAAAAGAGGUCCCCGGAGAUUUCCCUAUGGGCUUUCGUCUUGCGAAGCAAGCCCAUAGGGAAAUUCGUUUUGCGAAGCGCCUCCAAAACGGAAAACCCUUUCGUCUAGCGGGUUUUCCGUCUUGCGAGGCGUUCGUCUUGCGGGGCACCACUGUACGCUGCCUUUCCCCCCCAUGUAUCUCAAGGCAAAGUACUUGGUUGCCCUGCCCUGCCCUGCCCCUUGUUAAUUUCUGUUCAUCCUGACAACAGCUCUAUGAGGUAGGUUAGGCUGAGAGAUAGUAACUUACCCAAGGUCCCCCAGUGAACCUUGGAGAUGAGAAGGGAUCUGAACCCCGGUCUCUCCUGGGUCCUAGCCCAGCGCUCUAACCACUACACCAUGCUGCCUCUUGCAGAAGUGGGAGCGUGUGCAAGCAUAGGCAGCCUGGGCCAUUUGGGGCUGUUUGAAUGCAAGAACAUCCCUGAUGGGUCAGGCCAAUGGAGUCCUUCCAGCGUGGCAACCUGACUCCCAUUUGGGAGGCCUAUGCAAUGCCUACUUACUUUCACACACACAUACACAGUAUCAAGGAAAAUCUGGACUAUUGACUCCUGUUGUCAUUCUUGUCAUCCUCCUUAUUAUUCUAUUUAUUAUGAUUGAUUUUUAAAUCGUUUUCUAAACCACUGUCUCAAGGUGAUUUACCUAUAAGAUAUUUAAGAACAGUUAGAAACACAAAAACAACAUACCCGUAUAUACUUGAGUAUAAGCCGACCCGAAUAUAAGCCGAGGCACCUAAUUUUACUACAAAAAACUGGGAAAACUUAUUGACUCGAAUAUAAGCCGGCUCACCACACCACAAACCUGGUGGUAGCAGCAGUGGCAGAGGAAGAACAAGCAGCCCGAAAGGGCUGCUUUUGGGUUGCUCGUUCCACUUCCGCUGCCCCCGACAGCGGCAAAGGCAGAGGAGGAAGAAGGAGCAGCCUGAAAGGACCUCACUCGAGUAUAAGCAGAGGGGGGCUUUUUCAGCAUAAAAAAUGUGCUGAAAAAGUCGGCUUAUAAUCGAGUAUAUACGGUAGUCCAUUUAAAACAAGACUGGUGGUAAAGAGCCCUUUUUUCCAGCUGGGAAAGCCAGUCAGAACAAAAACGGCUUCAUCUGUUUCCAGAAAGUGCAGCUAGUGGGCACCUAGGGAUGCUAUUCCACAGGGCAGGGGCAGCCACACUAAAAGCCCUGCUCUGAGUUACUGCAGGGAUCUUUAGAACUUGCAGGAGAAACUCUCCCGCAGACUGCAGUGAGCUACUGGGUGUAUAAGGGAUAAUAAGACGAGUUUGAACUCAUCGAGCCUUUCUACAAAUAAACCACCAAGAACUGCAGAAUUGGCUGCGCUGUAAUGCAUGGAAUCUGAACUGAAUAUUUUAUUUAAAAAAUAUUGUGCAUAUUGGUGUGUUCUCUCUGGUCCUCUCGCAUCAAUUUUAUUUGGUAUCGGUGAGGCAGCAUCGCCCCCUAGUGGGUCUUGGAGAGCAGUUGCAUGUAACUUCUUGAGUGUGUGUGUGUUUGUCUCUGACUUGAGAGAACAGCUGAUGCUCCAUGCAAAAUUAAUGACCGAAGGGGACUUGUGCCUUGAUGACUGUCAAAUGUUGGACAUUUGGGAGAUAACCCAUCCUAAGAGGAGCCUGCUGUGUUUUUCUCCUCCAUAAGCUGCUGAUCUUAGCAUGCCUCCUGGUUGGGAGAUGGCCACCUUGGAGCAGGGACUCGUUCAGGAGUGUAAUGAGCAGCCUCCUCUGAGGGCAAGUCGUUCUGCCAUGUCUCUGGCUGAACCAUCUAAAAACCAGCCAAUGGGCCAAACCGUUCUGCCCUGGAAGGAGGGUCACCUGCCGCCUCUCUCUCUCUCUCUCUCUGUUGUUUGCUUUGUUCUCCCAGUUUUAAUUUAGUUGUUUGGAAGUUUUGGUUGGUUGGCAACAGCAGUGGAUUUUAUUUUUUAUUUGCCAACUGGAAGGACGCGGGUGGUGCUGUGGUCUAAACCACAGAGCCCAGGGCUUGCCAAUCAGAAGGUUGGUGGUUCGAAUCCCUGUGACGGGGUGAGUUCCCGUUGCUCGGUCCCUGCUCCUGCCCACCUAGCAGUUCGAAAGCAUGUCAAAGUGCAAGUACAGUGGUACCUCAGGUUACAUACGCUUCAGGUUACAGACUCCGCUAACCCAGAAAUAGUACCUCGGGUUAAGAACUUUGCUUCAGGAUGAGAACAGAAAUCGUGUGGCGGCGGCGCAACAGCAGUGGGGAGGUCCCAUUAGUUAAAGUGGUACCUCAGGUUAAGAACAGUUUCAGGUUAAGAUCAGACCUCUGGAACGAAUUAAGUAUUAACCCAAGGUACCACUGUUGAUAAAUAGGUACCACUUUGGCGGGAAGGUAAAUGGUGUUUUCAUGCUCUGCUCUGGUUCGCCAGAAGCGGCUUAGUCAUGCUGGCCACAUGACUUGGAAGCUGUACGCCGGCUCCCUUGGCCAGUAAAGCGAGAUGAGUGCCGCAACCCCAGAGACGGUCACGACUGGACCUAAUGGUCAGGGGUCCCUUUACCUUUACCUAAAGUGCUUCCCAGCCCAAAUCUACCAAGGCAGUUUGCAGUAAGAUGAAAUAGUAGAAUCAUAGACUUGAAAGGUACCGCCAAGGGUCAUCUAGUCCAACCCCCUGCAAUGCAGGAGUCGCAGCUAAAGAAUCCCUGACAGAUGGCCACCCAAACUCUGCUUAAAAACCUCCAAUGAAAUAGAGUUGGCCACCUUCCAAGGCUUUUAAGUCCUCCACCCCUUUUUAAAAUAACAAUAGUGGGGUUUUUUUCUUCAUUUUCCGAUACACAACGAGAGCCUGCUUUUUCCUUAGCUUUGAAGUUUUGGAUUAAAAAUCCGUUUGAGAUGGUUCGUUUACAAAUGAAACAACUUGGUCUUCCUGUGUGCAGCUGGGAGCAAGCAAUGCCUGUCUCUCAGCCAGGAUGCUGGGGAAAAGGCUUUGGAUCUAUGUUUAAUAAUGAGAUUGGCCUGUAGGUGUCCAUUUAUUCAACGUCUUUGUUUGGGUUGGGUGGAACCAUAAUGAUAGGGGGUCCCUCCAAGAACCCAGGGUGGGUCCAUCUUGCCUAAUACCGUUAAACAAAAUACCAGGAAAAGGGUAGGAACUCAGCAUAUAGAUAGAUGGAUCGAUCUAUCUAUCUAUCUAUCUAUCUAUGAGAGAGACAGCUAUAUAGAAGGGUGUGUGGGUGUGUAAACAAACAAACAAACCUUCUAUAUAGCUGUCCCAGCCAGGAGCCUUCCUGGGUUUCAAACUAUUUAUUUCUCUGGUGGUUUUUUUUUUGUAAAGGAUCUGAUUAAAUACUGUAUACAAUUUCAUCUUUCUCCAGUUUGUGCAGUCCCAGUUUGUCUAGAUACACACCUGUGUUGUUAAAGGAAAACAAAUGGCAGUCUCUCUUUAAAAUGCCCCAGUUUUUUUGCUCCUGAGCAGAGAUCUUCUUUGUUUCCAUGCUGUGUGGGUUUGAUUUCACCCCUCCCCUUGUUUUUGCUUUCAUCUAAAAAUGGGAAUUUCCUUUGGGCAACUCUGCUUCUGGAGGUGAAUGGGAAGUGAGCUGCGCUUCGGAUUGUCCUGCAUCCUUGCGAGGUGCUGAAUGGAAACUUUAUCCUGGGCCGCCUCUCCAGCUCCCCGCCCCCCUUGCUCGUGGGGGUCGGAGGCCAAAGGCCAAGGGUCACCUUUGUCUUCACCCAGGGAGGCGGGGAUUUCCUGGAGACAGCCUCUGGAAAGCGGGGGAAAUCUGGGGCCAGAGGAAUUGGGGGCGUGGAUGGCAGCAAGGGGGCUGGGCAGGAGAACUCCCUUCGUCCUUUUGAGUAUCAUGUCCCCCAAAGCUGUGUGUUAGGAUCUCCUUGUGCAAAGAGGCUCUUAGCUUUUGCUGCUGGGUCUGCCUGCCUCUUCACCCUCCUGGGCCACCCAUCGUCCGAGGCCUCUCAUCCCGGAGUCCUUGAAGAGGCCCAGCUGUCUUGGGUCUUCCCCGCGGGGCGUAAGUACCCUCAUUUUCUGCAAGAGCUUUCGACAGCUUCUCUGCCCAGAAGACUGCAUGAUUCUGGGGGGUGGAAAGGGUGGAAUGGGGUCCCCUCGCUUGGUUUGGAAGCUGCCAGAGUCCAGCAUCUCCCACCAGUUUGGGGGUGGUGAGCAUUGGAAGCACAAAUGUGGUUCCCUGCCUGCUCCAAUAGAGUUUAUUUAUUUUAUUGCAUUUAUAGGCCAUUUGUUUUUUCUCAAGGAGCUCAAGGUGGCACAUGUGGUGGUUUUUGCUGAAAGAGGCAGUGACUGGCCCCUGAGUGAGCUUCAUGGCCAAGUGGAGAUUUGAACCUUGGCCUCUCAGGUCCAAAUUCUCAAUUAAACCCCACAACAAUGUUGUGAGGGAAGAGCGAGUGAUUGGCCAAAGGUCAUCCAGUGAGCUUCAUGGCCAAGUGGGGAUUUGAACCCUGGUCUCUCCCAGGUCCUAGGAACAAAAGGGUUGGGGUUUUUUUUGGGGGGGGGGGUGUUUUCAUGCCAGGCCACACCAUCCUAUGGAACUCUUUGCCACAAGAUGGUGGAGAUGCUGGGAAAAGGUUCUCCCCUCAGCCCUUUCCUUGCUUUUGUUGCCUUCCCAGGCUUGCAACUGCUGCAGGGAAGUAGCUCUGUGCCCUAAAAGUGAGGGGGGGGGAAUUGGCCUUCCUAUUUUAAGCUCCACGGUAUCUUGCAAAUGGGGAAGGGAUGGAGCCCUGUGAUGGAGCCUCUGCUUUGCAUACAGAAGGUCCCAGGUUCCAUACCCAACGGCAUCUCCAGGUAGAGGUGGGAAAGAGUCCCUACCUGAAAUCCUGGACAGCCUCUGCCAGUCCGUGUAGACAGUACUGAGCUAGAUGGACCCAACAGUUUGGCUCAGGGGAAGGCAGUGUUGUAAACAAAAUCUGCCCCUUUUCCCUUAUGGGGUGUCCAAGAGCCCAUAUAGAGUCCUUACAUAGGUUCCCUAUUGGUAGGAGAAAAUAAUAGAGGCCAACCAGAGAAUAUGGAGAAGCAAAGCAGCUAGUAAGCCUGGUCUUUAUUGAUCUGUUGCAACAGGGUGCUCCCCUCACACGCAGGAAAGGAGGAGGAACCCAGAACAAUGGCGCGCAAGGCCUUAUAAAGACAUUUUAAAUUCCCUGCCCUGGAGCUCAAGACCACCCCUCCAUACAUCAUACAUAAUCACAGAAGGGGUGUAACCCAAGACCACCCCCCACAUACCUACAUCACAGAAAAGGUGGUCUAAAACAGAAAUCUGAGUGACUUGUUUAUCUUGUCUGACAGGUUACCUGUUUAAUGGUCACUUGAUUGGAUUGCCUGCUUACUUGAUUGGAUACCCUGGGGAGCCUGGCCAGUCUUUUGUAAUGAUAAAUACUUAGUAAUGAUAAAUACUUAGUUCCUGAGUCAGGUCACAGGCUCACCCUAUUCAAACACAGACAUAUCCUUAAGACAGGAUUUGUGAAGGAAAAGACAAUGGGGAGGCUUUUCCAUUUUCCUUUGACCUUGCAGAAAAAACAUUUGGUCAGUUUUUGGGACAGUUUGGGAAUCAAGAAUGGUUCCAGGUCGGUCUUCCUGUGCUGAUCUACGUACGUGCUUGGUUGGUACACUUAUGAACAUUUAACAUAUAUCUAAGCCCUCAAAAUUCCUAUCACAGCAGUUUCCUAUGUACUCUGCACACCAAAUCAUUGUUGUAUCUGCCAGGAGAGAUGGUGUUUGUGGGAAUUGUAGCAUUGUAGAGUUGGAAGGGAACCAAAGGGGCAACCCUCAUGUGAUUCUUUCCUUGAUGGGGGGUUAUAAGGGUGGGAAAAGGUCAUGGUCCCCCAAGCCAUUUAUGUUGAUGCUUCCAGGGGAGGAAGGUUUAUUACUGUUAUUGUUGCAGGGCUAAAGAUCCAGGUUGUUUGUGUAGCUGUGUCUACGGCUUUCUUGCCUGCUUGCUUGUGCCCGUGUUUUGUGGGGGUCACUUGUGAUGUAUAUCAUACCCCCGGGGUAGGGUGGGGGUGGGAGGAGGCUGGGAAAGUCUGUCCUCAGCUUUGGCUGUGUUUCUGGGUUGAAAUAUGCCCCAUUCGCACCUUUGGCUCUCUAGUGAAGUUGCCUUUUGGUGAGGGUCUUUGUUUUUGUUCUGGUUUAAUUUUUGAGGCAAGUUUCUAGUCCACUUUAUGUCUGCAAAGGCUGGUUUGUAGGCGGCAGCUGCAGAUAUGGAGGUGAAAUUGCAAAAAGUCGGAAAGAGGUUUGCGAUGGGAUGAAGUAGCCUGUUUUAUUUGCUCAAUUCUGCUCCUUCCCUUAUCCCAUACUGAUGCCCCAAAUCAGCCAUGUCAGGCAGCCUCUGUAAAUAGAUGGAGAAGCAUCCUGUUAUCACAGUGGCCAACCAGAUGCCCCAGUUGGGAAGCACACAAACAGGACCUGAGUACAACAGUGCCCACCCCCUCCUGUGAUUCACAGCAACUGGGAUUCAAAAGCAUUGCUGCCUCUGAGCGUGGAGGCAGAGCAGAGCCAUUGUAGCUAUAGCCACGGACAACCUUCUCCAUGAAUUUAUCCCAUCCUCUUUUAAAGCCAUCCAAGUUGGUGACCCUCACUGCCACCAGUGGGAGGGAGUUUCCUAGUUUAACUACGUGCUGCAUAGAGAAGUCCUGUCUUUUUACCUCUCCUGAAACUUCCGACAUUCAGCUUCAUUGGAUGUCCACGAAUUCUGGUGUGAUGGGGAGAGGGAGAAAACCUUUCCCCUCUCCACUUCCUCAGUGCCCUGCAUCCUUUUACACACCUCUAGCAUGUCCCUUCUUCCUUGGCUUUAAAGGCAAAGCCUUCAAAUAUUGUCACCCUUUUGGUCAUUGCACCCUGUGAUAAGAAUUUUAAUGUGGUACCUCAGGUUACAUAUGCUUCAGGUUACAGACUCGGCUAACCCAGAAAUAGUGCUUCAGGUUAAGAACUUUGCUUCAGGAUGAGAACAGAAAUCGUGCUCCGGCGGUGUGGCAGCAGCAGGAAGGCCCCAUUAGCUAAAGUGGUGCUUCAGGUUAAGAACAGUUUCAGGUUAAGUACGGACCUCUGGAACAAAUUAAGUACUUAACCUGAGGUACCACUGUAUAUCAAAUGUUCAUAAAUGUACCAACCAAGCACAUACAUAGAUCAGCACAGAAAGACCGACCUGAAACCAUUUUUGAUUCCCAAACUGACCAAAUGUUUUCCCUGCAAGGAGGGAGGGGGGUCAUGGAGCCUUCCCAUUGUCUCAGGAAUUGAGUAAUCAGCAUUUUAAUGGGUGACAGACUAUCAAGAAAACAAUCAGGAAAGGCAAUCAAAUAACCAGGCAAACAGUAAAAACAACAUUCAAUUUUCUAUUUUAGACCACCUUUUCUGUGAUGUAGGUAUGUGGGGCAUAGCUGUCAACUUACAGAUUUGAAAAUAAGGGACCAGCAGCCUUGAAAAUAAGGGACCAGCAGCCAAAAUAAGGGACCUGGAGCCUCAACUGUUCCAGGCACUCCAGUCUUCCUGUCCUCCUGCAGUCUGGUCAAACUCAUGCUGGUAGCUUGAACACUGUCCAACCAACUUUGUAACCAGAGGUUCAACUGAAUAGAAUCUGAAUCACAUGCACCACAAGGCCUAUGCAGCCUCAACUUAAGAUGGCUCCCCGGCCUGGCUUUGCACUGCAAAGUUUGCAGCAGCACGUGCAACAAAAUGGCGUCCAGCAUUCAAAAAACCCCUCAGCUUGCAUUAACUAGCCACACACAAGGCAUUCAAGCUCCACCCCCCAGUUGUUCUUAGACUUCUUAUUGGGUGAGCAACACAGCCAAGCAACACAGUUGGAGCCUCCCUCCUCCCUGGACGGCAGGGAGGGAGGGAGAGGAGCUGCUUCAUUUGAAAUUUAAGGGACAUCAUUUAAGGGACAUUUAAGGGACAUCCAUCAAUAAGGGACAGCAGCGGGACAUGGCGCUGGAAUAAGAGACUGUCCCUUCAAAUAAGGGACACUUGACAGCUAUGAUGUGGGGGGUGGUCUUGGGUUACACCCCUUCUGUGAUGUAUGUAUGAUGUUUCUGGGAGUGGUCUUGGACUCCAGGGUGGGCAAUUUAAAAUGCCUAUAUAAGGACGGGCAGGGAUGCGGGUGGCACUGUGGGUUAAACCGCAGAGCCUAGGACUUGCCCAUCAGAAGGUCGGAGGUUCGAAUCCCCACGAUGGGGUGAGCUCCCAUUGCUCGGUCCCUGCUACUGCCAACCCUAGCAGUUCGAAAGCACGUCAAAGUGCAAGUACAUAAAUAGGUACUUCUCCGGUGGGAAGGUAAACGGCGUUUCCGUGCGCUGCUCUGGUUCGCCAGAAGCAGCUUAGUCAUGAUGGCCACAUGACCCGGAAGCUGUACGCCGGCUCCCUCGGCCAAUAAAGCGAGAUGAGCGCCGCAACCCCAGAGUUGGUCAUGACUGGACCUAAUGGUCAGGGGUCCCUUUACCUUUAUAAGGACGGGCACACCUUGGUCCUGGGUUCCUCCUCCUUUCCUGCGUGUGAGGGGAGCACCCUGUUGCAACAGAUUAAUAAAGAUCAGGCUUACUAGCUGCUUUGCUUCUCAAUAUUCUCUGGCUGGCCUCUGUUAUUUUCUCCUACCAAUAGGGAACCUACGUAAGGACUCUAUCUGGGCUCUUGGAUAACCCAUAAGGGGAAAAUUGCAGAUUUUUGUUUACAACAACUUCAGAACUGUCUGCCAUGCCCCUGGAGCUCCUUGGGGUGCUUGUUUUGGGUGCACAUAAGUCUUUCUUUUUAAAAAAGGAAGCUUCCGAGGAACUGUUUUUUUUGUUCUAUUGCUUUAGCACUAUUGCCCCCCCCCCUCCAGCAAGGAAGGGGCUGUGGGGAGUGCCCAAAAGGUUUGCUUAAGACUCCCUGGGUCUCCAUGAAUGCUGGCAGAGGGCAGAAGUGAUGGAUGGAGGAUUUCGUUCCUUGCAGGCAGCUUGGAAAUUCUCUGCAAGGUCAAAGUUCUCAAGACCCUUGCUGAUGCCGGUUAACCUUUGACCUCCCCCCCCCUAAAAAACUGCUCCUUUCGGUGGAAGCUUGGCAAUACUAUGAGGUAUUUAAACUCCCAUCCAAACCUUUAUUCUGUCAUUCUCAAGAUGAUAGAUAGAUAGAUAGAUAGAUGAUAGAUAGAUAGAUAGAUGAUAGAUAGAUAGAUAUAUGAAAAUAUAUUGGAUCUGCAUUAUUAUGACAAAAUAUAACACACACACACACACACACACACACAGUAUAUUGGCUUCAUAUUUUCAUAGCUGUAACAAACUUUUCUUUAGGUUGGUGGUACUCUUAAUUUUAUUAACAGGAGGGAAUAUCCCACACUUUCUAUUUUAUAGAGCAAGUGUGAGGAUUUCUGUCUCUUCGCAAAUUUUGUAGUUUCAAGUGUCUCGAUUUAUUUAUCAGCUCAGUAAAUAGGUCUCCCUCCAGCGUGAAUAUCCUUGUUUUUGUAUUCUGCGAUGUGUGUCAGUGAGAAGGCUGCUGUUUUCUGUUGCACUCAACUCAUCGUUGAUUACCCUUUAAAUGUGAAUUUCAAACUUGCUUAGGGUUCUGUUGUUGUUGUUUUGCAGUUUUAAUGAUUUGCAUUUCUGGGUGAGAUCCUACUGUGCUGUCCUGCUUGUGGAGCAAACUUCCUGCUUGUGCAAACAGGGUGUCUCUUUCUGCUCCCCAACCUCAUGGAGGGUUUUGGAACCCAUCAGAUUUGUGGGCUCAAUGCUGGAGCUCACCUUAAAUGUUCUAAUGCCCUCCUGGAUUAGUGAUCUUGGUGGUUUUUUUAGAGUGUGUGUGUGUAGUUUUUCAUUAAUGUAACAUCAAAAUUGCAAAAAAUACAAACAAAAUCCCCCAAAUGUUACAAAACAUAAUACAGGAGCAAUACACAGCUUGCGUUUUCCAAAUAAAGGUAGAGCAGAUAAUGGAGAUAGAUAAAAGCAGAAAAACACACCAGAAAAGCCAAAAUUCGCAAUUUGGUUGUAUUUGGCACGUAAGAAAUGGAAUUCCACAAAACAGUGCAGAAAUUUCUGAGGUUUUCCUCACUCUUAGAAGCACAUAACUUGACAGUUCUUUUCUCUGCAGUAGUCUGAGUCCACAUAUUCUUGGGCAGCAAUAUGAGGUCUAGGUUUUCUUUCUGGGGCAAAUUUGUUUUGUAAUUUUAUACUAAAUUAAUGUGUGUGUGAGUGUGUGCACGCAUAAUAAUUCUUAAGCAUCCUCCGCAGAAAUCCUUUCUGAGCAUAAAAGUGCCUCCAGCUUUUAGCUCGCAGGGCCAGGGGGUGGGAUUUGUGCCCCCCCCAACCCAAUGUGUGACAGUGAGAAGGGCCACGGAAAGAUGGGAUGCAUCUCUCCUCUCCUUCCACCAUGUGGCAAAUUGCUUUGAAUGUAGAUUACAUGCUGCUUUCACGCCUGGUGUGGUAAUGCUUUCCCGGGGCUUGAAUUUCCCAGACUCUAUUCACCCCCCUUAUUUUUUCUGUGGGGGUGGGAAACCGUUUUGCCCACAGCUGCGUUUGCACUUAACUCCCCAUCCCACAUGGUGCGCACACAGCCUUUUGGGGAGGGUCCCUUAGCUCAGUGGAGUUGCACACUUUCCUCACCCUGGAGUCAUUUUCGGUUCUAAAAGGAUCUUGGGUUGCUGGGCUGGGAAAGGUUUCUGCCUGUCUCUCUGCCUUGGGACCCCGGAGAGAGCAGCUGUCCGUCAGGGUGGCCACAAUGCUCAGACAGACCAAUGGUGUGACUCAAUAUGCCAUGGUUAUUAUGAUAUUUAGAACCCGCCUUUUGCCAGCUGCAGGAACCCCCUCCCAAACACAUUUUAAAGGCUGUAGAUCAGAAUGCAGAACCAGCGGGAUUAACAGCAAAAGAUUAUAGAGACCAAAAUGGGGGAAAAUUCGAGGAUGGGACACCUUUUAUUGAAUAUUCAAAGAGUUACUAUAGCGAGAUGAAAACAUGAGCAGGACUCGAAAUACGAGUGACGGCGUUCGUUAUUAAGAUACAUAGGUUAAAAUGGAUGUAUAGAAUAGCGUAUGAGAAAUAUACAGCAUUCAAGGGUGAUAUGAAAACCAUGGAAGGGGAGGACGGGAAGUCAAUGGAUAAAGUAAAUUUAGGUCCAUGUUAAGAAUUUGCAAAGCUUUUUUUGUGUGUGUGAAAAAUAAGAUUAUAAAUAAAUGAAUAUAAGGCCAAAAUCAGCCAAAAAUCCUUCUUCCUAGGGAACUCUGGGAAUUGUAGCUGUGCAAGUGGGUCUCCUAACAAUGCUCAGCACCCUUAACAAACUCCAGCUCCCAGAAUCCUCUGGGGGAAGAAGCCGUGACUUUUGAAGUGUCUUCAUAGUUAUUUAAUCUUAUGGUGUGAAUGUGACCUGUUUCCCCUCCACAGGGGGGGGGGGGGUUAACCCUUUCCCUUCCCAGCUGCAGCCCUGAUAAAGAAUUCCUCUUGUUUGGGUCUUUGAUCACGGCCUGCUGUCCUUCUCCCCGCAGGUGAUCCAGCAGGCCUUGCACCGCCAGCCCAACACAGCCGCACAAUACCUGCAGCAGAUGUAUGCCGCCCAGCAGCAGCACCUCAUGCUCCAGACGGCAGCCCUGCAGCAGCAGCACCUCAGCAGCACCCAGCUCCAGAGCUUGGCUGCCGUCCAGCAGGUAGGCCUUUGGGGCCAGUGGGAGAGGGCAAGGAAGGUGGUCGUAUUUGUUUUCUUUUAGGGAGGUCUAUGCCAGGAUGUUGUUUACUGAUUAUAGCUCGGCUUUUAAUGCCAUCCUUCCAGACAUCCUCAUUAAAAAGCUGACUGACAUGAACCUUUCUCCUACCAUCCGUGGCUGGAUUAAAGACUUUCUGAUAGAUCGGACACAAACAGUGAGGAUUGGACAUGUGACAUCUAAUUCCUUUAAAAUCUGCACUGGCACACCACAGGGAUGUGUGCUAAGUCCCUAGCUGUAUUCAUUGUAUACAUACGAUUGUGCAUCAUCUGACCCGUCUACUGCAAUUAUUAAGUUUGCGGAUGACACCACCAUAAUGGGUUUAAUAACAGGUGGAGAUGAAUCAGCGUAUAGAGGAGAAGUCCGAAAAAAUAUCUACAUGGUGCCUAGGGAACAACUUGCACCUAAAUAUCAGCAAGACGAAGGAGAUGGUGUUGGACUUUCGGAGGAAGAGAGGAGAACUAGCCCCGUUGUACAUCGGGGAGGGCUGUGUGGAGAGAGUCUCUUCCUUUAAAUUCCUAGGAGUUUAUCUCAGUGAAGGGCUUACUUGGAAAAUCAAUACAACCCAGGUGGUUAAGAAAGCUCAACAGAGACUCCAUCUCCUCAGAGUAUUGCGGAAGAACGAUGUCAAUCAACAUUUGAUGAUCUCCUUCUACUAGUCCACAAUAGAAAGUGACCUUUCAUAAUUCAUCACAGUGUGGUACGCUGGUUUGACAUCAACUGAUAGGCAGUGCCUACAGAGGGUGGUGAAUACAGCACAAGAUAUUAUGGGCUGUCCUGUGAAUCCACUGGAUGACAUUGCCGAAGAACGUUGUUUCUUUCUUAAUCUCCUGCCCUCCGGCAGAAGAUAUAGAAACAUGAUUAGUCACACCAACAGGGUAAAGAUAACAACAGAGCAGCUGACUUUUGGGUUUGGUGGGUGUGCGUCAGUAAACUAGGGGAAUUAAGACUAAGAGAGCUGAGUGGGGGGUGCUCGUGCAAUCUCACUGUAUACAAGUUGUACAAGUGACAAUAAAGUAUUUCAACUGUUAAAUGCAUAAUAAUUAAAUUAACCAGCCGUUGGGCUAGAUGACCCUUGAGGUCCAAUUCCAACUCUACAAUUCUAUGAUUAAUUGCAUAAUAGCAAAGGGUCCCUCCAGACUGGCGAGUUGUUUUUCUUUCAGAAUGUAUUUGAUGCAUGUAAUGGACAUCAGGAAGUCGCCUUUGUUUGUUUUUUUAUCUUCACGAGAUUUAAAAAAACCGUUAUCUUAUCAACUGGCACUGAUACAGAUGCCACAUAGGGUUCUGCAUUUGUAAGAAAUCUAUCGCUUAGUGUGGUGGCCCCCACACUUUGGAACUCCCUGCCUACUGACCCCAGGCAGGUGCCUUUGCCAUCCUCUUUUAGGCACCUGCAAAAAACCAUUUUUGUUUCGCCAAGCCUGUUCAGGUAUAUAGAACCUGACAUGUGCUUUAAUCUAUUUUUUAGUUUAUCUUUGAUUUUAACCAUUCUUUGAAUUUAUUACAUAUCUGUUUUUGAGGUUGUUUUUGUUUAUAAUUUUAUUGUUUCAUACUUUCUGUGAACUGCUUUGUGGUUCUUACGAUUGAGCAGCAUAUACAGUUUAUGAAAUGGAAACAAAUAACUUUUUAAAAUGCAAGAAUAGUACAUGAGCAGUGGAUCAUUUAUACUGGGUCGUUCACACAUCCACAUUGCUAUUCUUAUUAAUACUAUUAAUGAUAAGAAUAGUAAUUUCAUUUGUCAGUUCCUUUGUGCAACAAAAGGUCUCAAGGCUCAUUGGCAAAAUAAGGUACAACAUGUCAUUUAUGUUCAUUAAGAUUUUUUUUUAAUUUCCUUUUAUAAUGUCUCCAAAACUGACACAAACAGGAGGGGAGAGGGCUCUUGCAGAUUUCACAUUGGGGCAUCUGUUGGUUCAGGAUCCUGGACUAGAUGUGCCCCCUUUGGUCUGAUCCAGCAAGCUCUCUUCUUACAUUCUGAGCCUGGGAAGGUCCUGGGUUCAAGCCUUGGUAUAGGGCUGGGAACGCCCCACACCAGAAAGCAUGGAGAGCCUCUGCCGACUGGUGAAGUAAAUGGGCAAAUGUUCUUAUCAUAGAGUCAUCUAGUCCAAGCCCCCACACUGCAGAAUUCACAGCUAUAUGGAUUCAGUAUGUCUGAUUUCUGCUUAAUUCCCCCUCUGCUUGCCCUUCCAGGCAAGUCUGGCAGCCAACAGGCAGAAUACCUCGUCCAGCAACAAUGGGCCCACACAGACCCCGCCUCAGCAGUCCACGGUAAGCCUUGAGUCUGCCCCUCUCUCUGCAGGGCUGCUGUGGGGUUUCUGUUGCCCCACAGAGCUGGGGCAUCUUGGGACCUCAUGCGCUCCACUUUUGCUGGUGCAGAUGGGCCUGUCCCCAUCUCCUCCUCCAUGCCGUCAUCCAGAUUCACUGCACCACUUUCUGUCUUCCCUCUCCUCCCCACCCAAUCCCAGAUAAACCUGGCAACGUCCCCAGCUGCCGCCCAGCUGAUCAACCGGGCCCAGGGCGUGAACUCGGCGGCCGCCUCUGGCAUAGCCCAGCAAGCUGUACUCCUGGGCAAUGCCAGCAGCCCCACCCUGACAGCUAGCCAGGCCCAGAUGUACCUGCGGGCUCAGAUGGUAAGUUGGCAAAGCACCUUGAAUCCCCUGUUUGUGCCAGCUGGGUACCUCCAGGGGAGCUGACAGCCUAUUGGGAGAUGGUGUGUGUCUUACUGGUACAUCUGGGGAGGCUCUGGGAAGGGAACAGCAUCCUGGUGGUGCUGAAACAACCUUGCUCUUUUGGGUACCACCCUGGCGAUUCUUCUGCCCAUUCUACACCAGCCUGAGUGUUUUAUUUGUUUAUUUACUAGAAUUACACACCACCUGUCGGUUGAAAAAAGAAAUACCCUCAAAAGCGAUUUACAUUGAGAGUUUAAAAAAAGAAAAUGAUCAGUAGAAAACAGUUCUUUAAAACGUUCAAAAGAUAAAAGCAACAAUAAACUAAAAACAGAUUAAACCUCACAUCCACAUUUCUGGGGAGGAUUGCUGAAACAAAAUUGUUUUUAGUAGAUGCCGGAUAGAGUACAACGAAAGUGCCUGGCUGACAUUAAUAAUAAUAAUAAUAAUAAUAAUAAUAAUAAAUUAUAUUUAUAUCCCGCCCUCCCCAGCCGAAGCCAGGCUUAGGGCGGCUAACAACAAUAAAAUAGUGCAACAUUCUAAAAACAUUUCAUUAUAAAAAUUAAUUAAAAUCAAAAUGAUGGCAACCAUAAGCUUAAGUUCUGUAAGGAUUGCCAAAGGAGGGAGUCAGGCUGCGCCAAUAGGCAGGGAGUUCCAGAGGGUAGGGUCUGCCUCUCUAAACUAUGACUUCCUUACAAAUGUGGGUAUUACGGGGUACAUGUACCAGUGCCAGCACCGCAGAUUGAAGCAGGAGUAAGGCAACCUCACAGGUAAACUGGUCCCAGGUUAAGGGCUUUAUAUACUAAUACAGUGGUACCUUGGGUUACAGACACCUCGGGUUACAAACACUUCGGGUUACAUACUCCGCUAACCCAGAAGUAGCACCUCUGGUUAAGAACUUUACCUCAGGAUGAGAACAGAAAUCGUGUACUGGCGGCUCGGUGGCAGUGGGAGGCCAUAUUAGCUAAAGUGGUACCUCAGGUUAAGAACAGUUUCAGGUUAAGAAUGGACCUCCAGAACGAAUUAAGUUCAUAACCAGAGGUACCACUGUAGUAACACCUUGAACUUUGCCUGGUAGCAAAUUGGCAACCCCCCAGUGUAGAUUUCUGAGUGUGGUUGUUAUAUGCUGAGAAGGCCUCACUCCUGUCAUCAACCGUGCGGCAGCAUUCUGCGCUAAAUGCCGCUUCCAGAUCUAGUGCAAGAGAAGGCCCACAUGGUGUGCAAUGCAGUAAUUCAGGUUUUCCUGCGGUUUUGAUGUGGUGGUGGUAUGGAGAAGGUGGUGGAGGGUGUCGGAAUUAGUUCCGAGUCUCUCGAGAGCAUGGUUUUGCAGUGAGGCCCAUUCAGAAGUUCCCAUGCACAGACUGUGGCUCCCUUCACGUGGCAGUUUAUUCCAUUUUCCUGACUUUCCCCUAACAGUUAAUUUCUGUGAUACAUAUGAGCUUUUACAUAAGGGCAAGUUUAGCUCUUAUUUCAGUGUAAUUUGCUUCGGGGGGGGGCGGAAACCAUUUGCAAAUAACACAGAAAUGAGUGCUAAGCUUUCAUUGUAGUCCACCAUAUUUCUUGAUAUAAUGCAGAAAUUAACAGUUGGGAAAAUGCUCUUAAAAUGGAAUAAACUGUGAUUUGAAUUUGGACAGUGAGCCUCUAUUUUUAGAUGUAGAACAUGCACACACUAGGGUUUUUUUUUAAAACCUAAUCAGUACACUCCAAUUCUGGCAUAUAUUUUUUUAAAAAAUAUGGUCACACUUUGGUAAUGGACAAAGCUAUGACCUCUCUAGUUACACUUGCAAAUGUGUUGCCUUGUGAAGUGUUGCAGUAUAUGCUUUCCUCUUCCCCUUACAGUCUGUUCCAGGAGAAAUUCCCCUCUCCUGUGUCUUACUGAAGCAGCUAAUAGUCUUUUGCUGUUUUUGCUUCCUUUCCUGGGUGAGGUGUCAUCCUGGUUUGUAAACUUAAGAAACACUGCGCAUCCCAAAUUCUCAACUAAGAUGGUCCGUGAAAAAUCUGUUUUUGAUUUUAAAUGGGCUCCCUUGCAUCACCUUCCUGGAAAAAUAUAAUAAAUAAGCAUAUGCGUUUUGAAUCCCUAUUCUUCAUUUCUGUUGAUGCGUUUGGCGUAACUUUGGAAAGAGUGUUCCAAAGUUCAGAGGCAACCACUUUAUUUAUACAUAAUAUGAAAGUAUAUACCGCUAUGCACAAAAAAUAUUUGAGUAGUUUACAACAGUAGUACCUAAAAAACCAUGCAGUAAGUGCCAUAUUAAAAAGUUGAAAUCAGAAAUCAGCUAUUAUGGAAAGGUGUAUUCUUAACUUCCUUCAUAGACGUGAUGGAAUAGAAAAGUAUUCAGCAGGCAUUUACAAGUUGAAGCAGAAGGCGCUUGCUGAAUCUCCAGUGGCAGGCAGUUCCAUAGGACUGGGCUGGUGACACUAAAGGCUUGGUUUCUCAUGGUUGUCAAACGAACUUUGCGAAAUCAGGAAAUGGCCAACAAUGCUCCAGCAGAUUAUCUCGGUGAUCUAGCUGGGAUAGAAGGUUUCGGGUGAUCCCUGAGUUCUUCAGGGCUUUGUAAAUUAAGACAAGGACGUUGAACCUGGUCCCCAACGCAUGGAGUCCUUGAGCAUGCUCCUUGGUGCAUCCCUCCCCUCUGUCCUGCAUGGUUGUGGUUUCCUGGGGCUGCUCCACCCCCCAGCCCCCCCCCCCACGCUGUGAUCUCUCUGCUGGGACGGCAACGGGUGAUGUAUAAGGGGACCCGUUUCCUGUGAUUUCCAGGCUCAGCAGAGUAACCUUGUGCAAGUAGCUAGGAGCCUAGGCCGUGCUCUCCCUCUCUCCCCGCAGCUCAUCUUCACGCCCACGGCCACGGUUGCUGCGGUGCAGCCCGAGGGGGCCACCACCACCCAGCCAUCCACCACCACAGCUCAGGUAAGAACCAGGAGGGCGAGGGUCUGGGUGUGUCUCUGCGGUUUUAGCAGGGAGAAAGAAGGACAGGGAAGCCUCAGCUCACUGUUUUAAGGCGCGUGAUUUGCAUGCACAAGGUCUCGGGUUCAACCCCCAGCUUUUGGGAGAGACCCCCUCCAGGUGUAAAACCUUGGGGCGCUGCUGCCGGUUGGUGUAGACAGUACUGUAGGCUCUGUGGGUGGACCAGGCUUCUGCAGCUGAGCUCUCUUCUUCUCCCAUCUUGUUGCAGGUACAAAACUCAUCUCUCCGCACCCAGCAGGCAGCCGCUCAGGGGCUGGCUCCCUCCCUGAGCCAGCAGCUCCCCACAUUGGCCAUGAAGCCCACCCCGAGCAACACCAGCCACUCCACCUCCUCUCCGGCUACUCAGGGCAAGACGGCUGGGCAGGCUCCUGGCGGCAAGGCGGGCGUCUCCGAACACGCCCCAGAGCAUCUUCGGAAAGGAGAGGGGGGUGGCGGAGGUGGCAGCAGCGGGGGAGCUGGGAAUCUGGACGGGCGGGGCGGCUCCACAAACCGGACGGUGACCUCCUCCACGACUCACCCGCUCAUUGCCCCAGGUGAGGCACUGGCCCUGUCUCCGAUGGACUGAGCCACGGGGGGGGGGGGGCAGAGCAAAGUUGGGGGUGUGGAGUAGCAGAAGGGGGUUGUCAGCUGCCCCCUUGCCCUGCUUCUGGGGCUGGGGGUUUAUUUUUGAGAACCACACCCGAAUGAGGGGUGAGUGAGAAACCAUCUAGAGUUGACUCUUUUUUUAAAAAAAAGCAACAACAAUUUCAUCAAUACCAAAACAUAGUAAAUUUUUCUUUGUUUUUUCCCUGACUCCCCCUCCCAUUUUCCAUUGUGUUUUUAAUUUCUCCCCCUUGCUGCAUCCUUGCUGCAUGGUUAUGUCAUAAUCACCAUACAAUAAUCUCUUAAUUCCUACUGUGGUUCAUAGUUCGAAUCCUGCUCACGAAUUCAUCAUACAGUGGUACCUCGGGUUACAUACGCUUCAGGUUACAUAUGCUUCAGGUUACAGACUCCGCUAACCCAGAAAUAGUACCUCAGGUUAAGAACAGUUUCAGGUUAAGUAUGGACCUCCAGAACGAAUUAAGUACUUAACCCGAGGUACCACUGUACUGUAAUAUUUCUUAAGCUGACUCUUCAGGCAGCCUUUGCCAGCCCGGAUACCUUCCAGAUGUUUUGGGUGGCAACGGAUGGGAGUCGUUGCCCAGAACGCCUGGAUGGGAUGCGGAUUGGUAAAGGCUGUUCCAAGGAACCUGGUGACUGCUUCUUGCGCUUAUUAGUAACUGGCUGGUGAUUAUAUUAGUAUUACUAUAUUUUUCAAAAUUCCAUGUGAGAUGGCUCAGUUGGUAGAGCAUGAGACUCAUAAUAUUAGGGUCACACUUUUGAGCCCCAUGUUGAACCAAGGAUUCCUGCAUUGCAGGGGCUUGGACCAGGUGAGCCUUUUGAUCCCUUCCAACUCUAUUACUCUAAGAGGGAUUGAUUGUUAAACCGCUCUGGGAAUUGUCACUUCUGUAGGGGUCCCCUAGCAGCUCUCGGCAACUCUGGGGCAAAGAGCUUCUCUCCACUUUUGCUGUUGUUUAUGGGCAGCUCCUGACUCACUUUCUAGCUCACCGAUUUUGCUUUGCUUCCUCCUGGAGUGUUUUCUCCUGGCUGGGCCGCGUCCUUGAACUCUGAUAAUGCUCCUUGCUCAUCUGGAUGCUAGCUAGAGAGGGGUCUAUGAGGAUGUAUAUCUGCAGGAAUUUUCAGCUCUCGGGAACUCUAGGCAUGGACACUGGCAUGAACCUCAGUUGCCUUCACAUGGAAAACCUUACAGGGCUCGCGGCUUUCCCUUUAGCAUAAAAAUUUGUGCUGCCAGAGACAGGAGGGACCUUGAAAACUUCUAUGAUGUUUGGUGGGAUUUUAUCUUGUAUACCACAAAUGCAGAAACACAGGACUCCCCUAACCACAGGACAAUGAGAAAUCAAGAUUUCCAAACAGUCUUAAGUACUUUACUAACCUAAUAUAAAGUGGAUAUAUCACACUUUUUUUUAUUCUGUUAUUUUUAUUAAUUCAUUUUUAUCUCACAGAAGCAAAUCAAACAGAUUGAUUUUUUUAUACCAUUUUGUUUGAUUUCCUCCAGUAAAAAUAAAUCUGGUGGCUUGAGAAAAUUGGGUCCACAGUAACUCUGAUUAACCUAUGAAAAAAACAACAACAUAUGGACCAGGUUUAUGGGGAAAUUGGCAUUUUAUUGGAAUGACAAGUUCUGUUACAAUGUGCAACCUUAUGCUGCUUUCAACCUGCUGAUACAGUAUUUCUUUGUGUUAUUUAUCUUUGGCUUAUUUUGAUGAUGGUGAUGAUUUAAAGGGCAUCUGGAGUGGCAUUAGUUAACUGGCCCCUUUCUCCCCUCCAGCGUAUUCCCAGCUACAGACCCACCAGCUGUUGCAACAGCAGAAGCCAAUCCAGCACCAAUUUGUGAUCCAGCAGCAACACCCACAUCAACCCCUCCAGCCCAGGCCUCCGCAGCUGCAGGUCCCCCCUCCGCCGACCCCCAGCCUCGGGGCACCCCCCAGCCUGCACGCCCAAGGGCCCUCGCAGAACCAGGCGCCCGCUACCAGUCUGCCAGCCUGCCAGGCCCCCAGCCAGCACAAGCCCGCUGCCAGCCAGCCCUCGCAGCAGCACACCCCGCAUCCCUCUGGGCCCCCAGCACUGGGGGCCCAGAGGCUGGAAGGUGGCUCCCCAGCCAGACCCACCGGCUGCCCCAACCACGCCGGCCAGCGCAAGUUCCAGCACACCUCGGCCGUCAUCCUUCAACUACAGCCAGCUGUUGGAACAGUGAGUUGGACCUCUGGGGGGCAUUCAUUUUGGGGUGAGGACUGGGGCAGAGGGGUGGAACUGGAUCCUUCCCCCCCAGCCUUUCCUCCCAAGGCAGGCUACCUUGGGCAGGUGGGCAGGGCCACACACCUGUCCAUCACCUACCUGUCACCCUUAUGAGGCCAGGUGACGACUCAAAAGGGGCUUGUCUUUUGGGAACCCACUUGCAAGUAGUUUUGAUAUAAGAUGCUUGCAAACAGGCUUCGGAGCGAUGGCGGGCUGCUUUGCAUGUGGGACGGGUGGCUGUGGUUUGGGCAACGGGCCCAUGGGCCAAAUUCAGAACUCAUGUCGGGCCUGAGCAAGCCUCUGGGCUGGAAGUGCCCCACCCUCGCCUCAGCUCAUUGUGAAUCACACAAAAACAUCCCAGAGCAAGGGGAAUGUCUUCGGUGGGUUGGGCAAACCCUGACUCCCUUUUUAGCUUUGGGUUUUUAGCUUUGGGUUUCCCUCAGAAAGGCUCAGGCUACUCUUCCCCUUAUCCAACAGAGCUCUUCUCAUGGAUGUUUGUUGUGAUAGCAGAGCCUCCACAUCUGCAGGCAGCCUACCUCUGAAUACCAGAUGAUGGGGAACAACCACUGGAAGCCUGUGGGCUUCCCUCUUUAGGCCUCUGGUUGGCCACUGUGAAAACAGGAUGCAAAACUGAGAUAGGCCCUUUUUGGCCCUGAUCAAGUAGAGCUGUUCUUGGUUUUAUUUAUUUAUUUUUACAUAUUAGGAAACCACUUAAUGAGGCCAUGAAAGCAGUGUGUAGCAUAGGAAUUCAAUACAGUACCAAAAACAAAAACAAAAAAACAUUCCUACAGAGUUACAAUUCUAAUUUCAUAAAUGACUGGGUUAUGCCUUGGGGAAGGCUAUGAUUCUGAGACGCCUGUCUAAUUUCAGCUGGGCAUGGAUUCCAGAGGGCUUGAGACGUGGCACUAAAAGCCCAGUUUUUAGUACAAACGAAGUGCACAUCUGUUCUGAUGUCCUUGCUUUGAUGACGUAUGGGUCUUUGAUCCUGCUCUGGGUGAGGCCACCCACUUGCUCAAGAAAACCAGCCAUUUGGGGAGAGCUGCUUGCCCCGUUGCCUCUGAGGGGGUUGCUGCUUCCACAGGGGCUCCCCUCCACACUUGAUGUUCUGCCUUUGGCAGCCUCGUGUGAACUCUGUCCCAGAAGCCAGGCCCCUGGCAAGAUGGGUUUGUGUGUGUGCCUCCUGAGUUCCUCCCCACUCCAGAUCUCCUGUCUGCUUGUCUCCCAUUAUGGUUAGGGAGUGACACUUCUCUGCAAAGUACUAAACACUCUGAUGGGCAAAAUGCCUGCAAAACAACAGUGCAUCUAAGCCUGCAGUUUCAGGGGAUUGAGGUUGUGCUCUGGCCGUGGCAGGUCCCGGGUUCAGUUCCCGUCAACUCCAGCAGAUAGACCUCUGCAGCAGGGCAAGCAGGGGCCUCUUAUUUCCCCCUGCUCUUGAUGUUUUCCUCCCUCGCUUCUCUCGUCCUUCCUCUGCAGCCGCCACUCAGCAACCAGGAGAAUUCCAGGAAAGACCCGUUUCCUGCAGAGAAGCCCCCGGCAGAGUCACGAGUCGCCCAGCCCCUACUCCCACCCCAGGGCGCCUUGACGACGCCACCUCUGGCGGCCCCUCCUGAGCAGCAGGCCUCUGAGGGCACUGGGACCACCCCGCCUCACGGUAAGGGGUCUUUUGGGGGUGGGGAAAUGUGCUGCGUGUGUGUGUGUGUGUGUGUGUGUGUGUGUGUGUGUGUGUGAAUCUUUGCAGCCCUUCCUCUGCUGCAGGGUUGCUUUAAAAGGAACUGGAGAGGUGUGUUUUUCUUAUUGCAAUCUCCAGCGGGAGGAAGGAGAAGGUUGUCAAACUCUACUUGCCUCUGCCUGCAGCAAUGCUCUGAAUCCCAAGGAGUGCUUCUGAAUAGGCACUCAGGGGCAGCGUGGCGCUGUACGUUCCUAUCUGUUGUUGUGGGGUUAUGAGUGCUGCUCCAAAUCGUGGGCAGUUUGCAAUGAUGGCUCCAAGGGAGCCUCUGUGUUCAGGAGCAGUCUAUCUCUCAGUACCAGUUGCAGAGAAUCAAGCAGUGGGGGAGCACGCUAUUUGUUGGCUGCUGUAGAAAGUGGUAUCCUGGAUGAGACAAAGCCCAUCUUGGUUUGAUGUUUUUUUAAGGAAAGGUGAAUUCUACAAGCUGAAUUAAUUGAUAUGUAUUCUGUACGUGCUUUGGCUUAAUGUCGUUCUUAUGAUUUGGUUGAUUGGGAAAGGGGCACAGUGCUGGAGAGCACCCCAAACCCUCGUAUCUUCUCCCUGUACCAGAAAGUGUUGGAAACCCUACUUGCCCCCAGCUACUGAAAUUUUUCCCUUUCAGUGUUUUAUCGUUGCUGACCUCAGGGACUAGAAACUUGCCUCUUGAUGAACGUAAAAGAUAAUCAGAGUAUUCUUUGAGAUUAACCCCCCCCCAAUAAAAAAAUUCUGGAAGUGCACGGAAUGGAUGUUGAUCCUGGACUGUAUGGAAUCCUUAGGGAGAUACCACCUAGUUCAGGAACAUCUAUGCCUUCUUCUCUGUGGAUGAUGGGAGCUGUAGUCCAAAAUACCAGGAAGGCAACAGGUUGAUUUACACAGAGAUGGCUGGAGCUCUUUUCUCAGACAAUCUUGAUAUUCAGCUUCCCUUUUGAAAGAUCAAGUUUCUAGUCCCCUGGCUAUGGAAAUGUGCGGGUGGCAUUUUGUGCAUUCUUGGAAGAUGGUUGUUGUUGAGGAAAGAGGAGCUGAGCUGAUGAUCCAGGGGCUGUUUUUUUAGUGUUCUGAGAGACACAUUUUCCAUUCCCCCACCCCACCCGAACAUGCACAUUCAUGAAAAAUAAGCCAUAAAAACUGAAAUUUCCUUAGCUUGCCCCACCUGGUUCUACCAGGAGAACUGGUUUAGGCUUCCCGAGGGGACCUGGAGACCCAAGUCUCAUGAGAAGUUGAGAGAACUUUGAAAUGUGACAUGAUGGAGCCAUAUUUAAAUAUCUGAAGGGCCACCUGCCAGGGAUUCUUUAGCUGUGAUUCCUGCAUUGCAGGGGGUUGCACUAGAUGACCCUUGGGAUUCCUUCCUACUCUGAGAUUCUAAGGCUAUUGUCUUCCAACCCUGGCAGGGCUGCUUUUAUGUCCCCCUCGGCAUGGGCUUGUUUUGGAGAAGGGAAAAUGUUUGUUCUCUCCCCGCCUCCCUCCAUCAUCUUUGCAUAGUAGUACUUGAUCCCGCCUGCUUUUUGUCCCAGUUCCAUGGGGAGGGGAGGGUUUGAUCGCCCCCUCCUUUUUUUGUUUGCACUCUUGGGAAGCUGGAGGGGAGGCCCUUGCCGCCUGCCUGCUGCAGAGACAAAAGGCUCUGCAGCUGGAUCUUUGACCUGGCUGCACAUUCCCUUCAAUCAAGUUAAAUGGAGCAAACCUUUUCUCCUUUGGGGAAGGGGAGCCCCACAUCUGCAUUUGGGCCAAGGGAGAGGAGGGGGUGCUUGGAUAUUCCGCCCCCCUCCAGGGAACAAUGGCCAGCUCCUGCUGCUCCCCUCUCCUCCGCAGACCUUUUGUGGGGUGGGGGCGUGGGCCACACAAGCACACACCUGCUUUCUCCCCCCCAGCUGCUCAAAAAUCACUCUCACAGUCCCUCUCACUGCUUCCUUUUUUGUGUGUCCAGUGCUGAAAAAAUAAUGGAAAGUGGAAACGAGAGAGAGAGAGAGAGAGAGAGAGAGAGAGAGAGAGAGAGAGAUUUUCCACUUUCCAUUAUUUUUUCAGCACUGGUCAAAAAGAAAAAGAAAAAGAAAAAAAAAGAAGCAGCAGCAGCAGUGAGUGACUGAGAGUGAGAGUGAUUUUUGCAUAAACAACAACAAAAAGCCAGCACGGAUUCCCCAGAUGUCAGUGGCAUCCUGUUAGUUGAAUGAGGAGCUGAAUUUUCAUGUCUGCCAGGACUCCCCCUCCCCCAGUAUCUAGAGAGCAAGUGUAGUGGUUAGUGUGGUGGAUUCUAAGACCAGGGAGAGUGGAUCCCCACUCAGCCACAGGCUCACGGAGUCACCUUGCGCCAGCCAGUAGAUCAGUCUUGCCUACCUUACAGGGUUGUUGUGAGGAGACAAGGGGGAGGGAGCUGAUAAUCAGAUAUCUAAUAUUCUUUGCUUAGACUUUGUUAUUUUAACCCAUGCGUGGCUGUACUCCUCCUCUGUGCCCAUUUUAUAGUUUUGUUGUUCAUCUUUUUAAUUUUCAUUUGUUGUUAUAACGGUUCCAUUUUAUACACAUUAUAAAAUGAAAAUUUCAAAAACGACAUUUUUCCUUUAUCAAUGCCUGUGAUCCCAUAAAAUGUAUACACUGCUAGAUUGCUUUUUUAAAAACAACAACCCAAAGUGGUAUUCAAAUACAUUAUGAAGAGAAAUGAAAUCUUUCCGCCCCCAAAAGAGGGCAAGUUGGUACACCACCUUGGAGGAAAAAUGAGCUAUAUAUGUAAUGAAUAAAUUUUUAAAAUAUGGAGAGCUCCCGGUCCCCGCUCUCUGGGGCAUCUUGCCAUCCGUUGUUGGGAACUGGAGACUGGGUUGCUCCUCCCGCGGCUGCCGCUCAGCCCUCCUUCCUCCGCCCCCCACUCCGGAGGCUGCGGCCUCGGCCCUUCCCUGCCGCCGAGGCGCGCUCGGGGAGGCGGAGGCUCUUGGCGCAGCCAAUCCUGGGAAACAGGAGGCGGCGGAGCAGAAGGAGGCGGAGGCUGGCCGGCAGCUGCUGCCUCUGCUGCCCCCGCUCCCCCCUCUCCACCCUCGGCGGGCGGCAUUGUUUGCGCUUCCCCUUCCCCGGCCAGCCCGGGCGCGGCGAGAGCGCGGCCCGAGCCAGCGAGCCAGGAAGGAAGGCCCGGCGGGCGCAGCGGCGCGCGUUUUGGCACGCGCCCAGGGCGCACGGAGCAGGGGACCCUUUUGGCACCGCCGCGCGCGCCUCCCUCUCCCGGGGCGAACAGGUGCUCAGCGCGGCCGAGGCGGAGCGCGACUCUGCCCGCUUUGUUCCGGCCUCUUCCCCCCCACCCCACUCCCGAUGCUGCGUGGCGGGAGUCCGGAGGCUGCCUCGGCCUGCCGCCGUGCCCGGCUGCCCUCGCCACGGUAAGGGCUCCGGCGGGGACGCGGGGCCUUUGUUCCUUCGCCCUCCGAUGGGACUUGGAGUUGCUGCUGUUGCGCUUGAGACUCAGGUUAGCGGCGGGCGGGUGGGGGUGGGGGUGGAGACUUCUCUGUUUGUUUGUUAUUAACGAUAUUUCUCCCAUCCACGGUUGCCAAGUCCAAGAAAGUGGGACUGGUCCCCAAAGGGAAAACACUCAGCGGGAGCGAUUGGAGGUUUCCUUUUUUGGAUGGGUGUUUGUGUGUGUCAAAAAUAGAUAAUAGACCUUUGUGCCCGGGUUUGUGGUGGAGAGGGGCUGUUGUCAAAGUGACGGGUAAGUAGGGUGUUGUUUGGAAUUGCUUGGCUGUGCAGGGUUUAGAGGCAAAGAAAGAAGGAGUUCCCUCAACUCCCUUCUAAAUAUUAUGGUGGUAAUUUUUAUUUAUCGUAAGAGUUGUUUUUCUGGAGUGUAAGGCUUGGGGGUCAGCUCCAUUGUUCAGUUGAUAGCAUUUAUACCUGACCUUCUCCAAAGAGUUCAAGGUGGCGUGCAGGGCACUCCCUCUUCAUUUUAACCUCACAACAACCCUAUGAGGCAGGUUAGGCUGAGCGGCAGUGACUGGCCCAAGGCUAUCCAGUCAGCUUCAUGGCUGAGUGGGGAUUUGAACCCUGGUCCAGGUCCUAGUCUGACUCUCUGACCUCUGCCUCACGCUACUCAUGGGCCUCCUAGUAAAGCUGUCUAGAAUCGUGCAAUUAACUGUUACAGCUCAGUAGAACCUUCAUAUCCAGGGGCAGUCUAUUUGACAGCCCGUGGAGUGUGUGACCUUCUUCUCUUGUUGCCUUGGAUGACUUCCAGGAUCAUCCAGUGUUGUUGGAAAGGUGAACUCAGGCCUCUAUGAGCCUUGGAUCCAGUGGGGCUCUUUCCUACCUUACUUUCCCCUUUAGGAGGGGCUGUUCUGGGAUAACAGCUCCCCCCCCCCAGUAGUAGGAGUCCCCCUGGGGUUGAGAUUGGGCACUGGAAUAAUCCGGAGGCAGGAAGGCAUGGUAGAAAAUAUAGCCUGAUGCCAUCAUGUUGGGAAAGUACCAGUAAGUCUGGCCAAAUCUUUUCUCCCCUUCUGAAAUUCAGCUCUCAAAUGAUGGGAAAUGAAUUCAAUCUAUAUUGCUUCACCAUCAACCUGUAAGUGUGUUGCAUGUCUGUUUUUAAAUAAAAGUGGGCUAAGCAUGGGUUUAAGGAAUAUUUGCAGCCACCGCCACCCUGCCCUCCCCCCAGGCUUGCAGUUUGCAGCAUGAUUACUCAGGGGUAAGCCCCACUGAACUUCUUGAAUCAGAUCUGGCUGUAUGGCUAAGCCACGGGGUACUUAAACUGCACAUUAAUCGCACUGAUUCCCAAGGGGACUGAGGGCUGGCCUGUCAAGUUAGAAGAAGCAUGCACGAGCUCCUGUUUUGCGGUUGAGGGUUGGAGCUGAUUUCAGCCAGUUGGGGAUGGGUCCUGAUUUUGGUGAGACUGCAGACUGAGGGCAGCAGCAGAGCCAAAGCUGGGCGCAAGCUGCCCAGGAAACAUGUGCAGGAGGUGGGCUCUCAGCUCAGCUCUCCAGAGUUGUGGAGUCUAGCGCUACCUCCGCCAAUCCACAAGACAUUAACAGUACAAUCCUGUUUUCUUGGAAGCAAGUCCUGUCGAGUUUAGUGGGGUUUGCUCCCAGGAUUCCAGACUUGGAAUGCCUUGUGGAGGGCACUCGGGGUCUCUCCUGUGUCUUACAAUGAGUGUGAGAGAGUUUAAUCCCCUAAAUUUAAUUCUCCAUUGCAGGGCUGGGAGACUUGUGGAAAACUGCCUUGGUCCAUCUAGCUCAAUAUUGUCUGCACUGAUUGACAGCAGUGGCUCUCCAUGGUUUCAGGCAGGAGUCUCUCCCAGUUCUACCUGGAGGUGCCAUUAAAUUGGGACCUUUUGCAUACAAGGCAAUGUUCUACCACUAAGCUACAUGCAUUUACCUGUGCUGGACACACACCCAACUCCCACCAUCCCUGACUAUUGAGCAUGCUGGUCAGGAGCCUGGAGGCAACAUCUGCAGGGCCACAGGUUUCCCUCCCUUGCUCCGCUGAAUGUUUAAUGCGAUGUUAGCUGCUUUGGAGUACAAGUGGGCCUUUGGUGGUUCAUUGAUACUUUGUUUGUUUGUUUUUAAAAAAGCUCAAAGCGGUUUGCAAAGAGAAAAAGGUUUCGGUCAGUUGACUUGUUAAAUGCUACCAAACAACAGUUGCGUUCUCUGAAGCACAGUUGGAUCGCAAAAAAGAAUAUUGCUUUAUAAAUAUUUCAGUCGAACUAUGCUUUCCCUCACUGCAGCCAUAAAAUUGGUUAGCUGCUGUUGUGAAACCAAGCAACUUUUUUUAAAAUAAAAAAAUGAAAUGAAUUAUUGCACUUUCCAGAAAAGUUUGAUUACGUAGAUUUAUGUAAUUUGGCUGACUAGCUCUUCCAAAUGACUUCUGUCAACAGUCAUUUAGCUGUUUGUUUGUCUUUUAAAAAGCAGAAGUAAGGCAGAGCGGUGGCAAAUCUUUGAAAACAAAAGGCGCUUUUGCUGACAAGGCAGCAAGCUGAUUGGGAAGGGCACAGUUGCUCAAUGGUUAGAGCACCUGCUCUCCAUGCAGAAGGUCCCAGGUUCAAUCCCCAAUGGCAAUAUCUUCAGUUAGGACUGGGAAAGAUUUAAUGCCCGAAAUUCCAGAGAACUGCUGUUAGUCAAUGCCUGCAAUACUGAGCUAGAUGGACCAGUGGCCUGGCUCAGUUUCCUAAAUCCAGUUAUCAUUUGCACCAGUGUUUUGCGGAAACUUUUGCAAUAGUUGACCUCAUUCAAACUGGAGCGGAUUGCUGGCCUUGCCACUGUUGCUUUAGGGGACUUGUAGGUCUAAAUGCAUAUUGAAAAAAUAAGAAGGCCGUUAAUAAAGUUGGUCCAAUCACAGGUCCCUCUAGCCCACAAGUGAAUGCAGAGGUUGUUUUUGUUAAGCCUCCAGACAGCUUGCCCACAGCUUGACCACACCUGACUCUAUAGCCUGUGGGGUUUUAAUUUCAUUUUAAAUGUAUUGUUUUUUAUAUUCUUAACUCUCUUUGGUUAUUUUAUGCAUAAACUUCCUUGAGAUGGAGGUUUGGAAGGCGAUUUAUAAAUUAAUGGUAAUAAUGAUGCGCCUUGACUUUUUUGCCAUGCUGGGCAAGCCUGAUGGGAGUCAGCCAACACGUGGUGGAAGGCCACAGGUUAGGCACAAGAAACCUGGCUAUCAAGGUCGCCUAAUGAUGUUUGCACCUCUGUUUUGUUUCUGUUUUUAUAGGCGCAGCUUGGCUCACUUCCUUGAGCCAUACAGGUGGGCUAUGUGUAAAAUGGGGCCACAGAGAAACCAGGGGUGGGGUUAUGGCAUGCCCUCCAUCCUAAAGUACAAAAAUAAAUGGAACUUGCUUACUCCUUUGCAAAAGCCCAGUUGUGACUGAGCAUGCUCAGUAGCUGCAGAAUGUUGGAAAAGAAAGGCAGGAGUGGGAUUCUCGGUUUCUGCGGGGAGGAAUGGUUGGCUGGGACCCAGAAAUGGAGCACUCCUGUUCAGAAAGGGUUGGCUACGCUGCCGUACUCCCACUGCAAAUGAGCUGUGCUUUCUAAACAAAGCAGCUGCCUAAGGAGCUUGUGAUAACAGCACUUCAGCUGGGUACCAUCUCCAAGGACACUUCCCUGGAGUGGCUGGCGCAUGACUCAUUUCUUAUGCAGCAGGUUGGCAACCAGACAUCCCCUGGCUGAAAGGGGACCCUAAGUUGCCAACCUCGGCGGAGAACAGACAAAGGGUUUUAAAACAUUCUGUCCCUGCCAUCACCCAAACUUGGGAAGCUGCCUUUUAUUAUGAGUCAGGCCACUGGUUCACCCAGCUCAGUAUUACCUGCGCUGACUGGCAGGGUUUUGUUGGCAAGAGACUUCAGGAAUUGAACCUGAGACCUUCGGUGUGCAAAGCAGGUGCUCUGCCACUGAGCUACAGACCUUCCCUUAAAAUCAAGCCGAGAUUCUAGUCCUCAUGGUUCUGAUUGAAAUAGGAACAAAAAGAGCUUCCUUGUAGCAGGUCAUACCAUUGGUCCAUCCAGCUCAUGAAUGUCUACAGUACACAGUGACUGGCAGCAGUGCUCUUUCCUGGAGGGGUCUCUUCCAGCCCUACCUGGAGAAGCUAGGGAUUGAAUCCAGGACUCUGCAUGAAAAUCAAAUGCCUCCUUAACCACUGAGCUGUGGUUCUCCCCUGGUCUCCGUUAUUCCCCUGCCUCUGUUUUAUCUCCAGUACAAAGGAUAUUUGAAUAUAGCCCUUUUAUGGGUGGUGCAGGGUAAUGAAUGUGUUUCAGCACAAAGAUAGGGGUUUUGCUUUAAUUUUUGGGAUUACAAGCAUUGUGAUAGGAUAUUAGUGAUUUUGUUUUGGGGUAAAUAUUUUUAAGUUUCAUUUUAUAAUGUGUAUAUAAAGCAGAACACUGAUAACAACAGGUGAAAAUUGGAAUAAUAAUAAUAAUAAUAAAGCUGUGAAAGAGGCACAGAGAAUGAAUACAGUUGCACAUGGGUUAAAAUAACAAGUAGGGAAUAUUAGUGUUAUUUAAUUACCAAGUGCGGUUUCAGAUUGGCCAGGCUUGUGACGAAGGUUGUUUCGAAAACAAUGGUUCUGCUGUAAUAAAAGAAUGCUAAAUUAUAUGAAACGAGUCCAGAGGGUCCAACAGGCUGCAAUAAAGGAAUGCCGGAUCACCUAGAAAGCGAACAGAGGUUCUAGUCCUUGCCGAAAUCUCAAAUUACGUGCAGUUUUCUGCAUUAUACCUGUAAUUGUUUGUGUUCCUGGUGCGCAUAAGUGGAAAGAGGAAGAGAACUGUCAGAUCGCAGAAGGAACAUGUGAAAAUAAGCUGUUUUCUGUUUUUGCAUGGCGAAAGGGGAGGGGCAAGGAGAUUAUUUGGCACAUGAGUAGGACGGCCUGAGUUUUCAAAGCCUGGGCUGAGUUGAGGAGGUUUUAAAAUAGCCACUUGGAAUUCUCCUUCUGGUGGUCUGGAUGGUGCUGGCAGCUCCCUUCCGUGCGGGGAGAAUUCCAGCCAGGGUUUCUGUGCCACCCUUUUCCUGUGGCAGAAGGAGAGAGCUCAUCUCAGCACUGAAGCUGUGCCUGAUGCAUCUCCCCCCCCCCCCAACCAAGCGCCUUCCCUCCCCUAUGAGGGAGGAGCAGCUUUCUGGGAGGACUGGCUGGCCUCCCAGCAAGCUGGCUGGCACAGAGACAAGAGAGAGAGCUUUCUUGAGGUCUGGCCAUCCUACUGGCUGCCCCCUUGUUGCAGAUCCUGUGGGGAUGAGCCAGGCAAGAGGACCUGAUGCCGUUGCUCAGGGGGUUGGGAGAAACCCAACUUUGAGCCCUGGGUUUCACAGUCCCUUGUUUGAUGCCUUGGAGCCUGCCUGCUCGCUCCUGAGCUUCUCCUCUUCCUCCAGCAGCUGCUGUCUUCCCCGCCUGCCCCUCUUGUGUGUUCAUGCGCCCCCUGCGCGCCAUGUGCCUGCUCUGCGCUGUUUUCCCGAUCCUGCUUGCGCAGCUGGGGAAGAGGCGUUUGGGCGCUCUCUGGAGACGUGCUCCAGUUUCACACUGCAGUCAUGCACUGUCAGGUGGUUCCCAUGCCUGUUCCCAUUAUGAAAUGGGGGGGGGGAGGAAGAGUGGACUGUUGCUCCUCUCUCUCCCCACCCCCUUCCUCUAACCCUUGUAAGGAUCAGUCGCAUGUCCUUUGUGAUUGAUUGGCAGGAGCUCCGGAAUGGACAGCAGGUGGCGCUCUUCCAUGCUGUGCAUUGUUCACUUGUGGGACAUAGGAAGCUGCCAUAUGUGAGAGUCGGACCGUUAUGACCCAUUUAUCUCAGCAUUGUCUACACUGCCUGCGCUGGCAGUGGCUCUUUGGGUUUUCAGGAGAUUCCCAGUCAUACUUGAAGAUGCCGUUUGGGGAUUGAACUUGGGAAAAGCAGCUGCUGCUUCCCCUACCAAAAAAUGGCCAGGGUCUAAUUUUCUAAGUUCCAAUUAAAUGGCUGAUUUAAACUUGGAAACUGCAGUAUAUGAAGCUCAGUCCAUUGCGGUCCAUCUAGUUCAGUAUUUGCUACACUGACUGGUAGCAGCUCUCCAGGAUUUCAGGCAGGGAAAAUUUGUCAGCCCAAGCCGGAGGUUGCAAAGAAUGACCCUGGGACCUUCUUUAUGCAACGUGUCUACUCAACCACUGAGCAAAGGCCCUUAAAAAUAAAGCCAAGUUUCCAGUCCUCAUUUUUCUGAAUAAAGGACUGUUUUAAGUGGGAAGAGGCCUUCUACUGAGUCACACCUUUGGUCAUCUACAUCAGGGUUUCCCAAACUUGGGUCUCCAGCUGUUUUUGGAUUACAGUUCCCAUCUCUGAUGACUGGUCCUAGUAGCUAGGGAUGGUGGGAGUUGUAGUCCAAAAAAAGCUGGAGACUCAAGUUUGGGAAAUCCUGGUAUAGAUCAGUGUUGCCUGCAUGGAUUAGCAGCAGCUCUCCAUGCAUUCAGGCAAGGGUCUCUUCCAGAUAUAGCUGGAUACACCUCUAGGAUCUUCUGCAGGCAAAACAGGUGUCACAGCCUUUUCUAAAAGGGGCAUCAGGCCAGUUCUUUGAAGCCUGCAACCAACUGCGACCCAAUUUUCACUUCCUAGUGCAGCACCAAGGGAUGCAUCCCCUGCCGGUGCUACUCAGAGUAGGCCCAUUGCCUGCGGAAGGCAGCCGGUGUGACCUGUGUUCAUUAAUAUGAAUUUUGUUUGCACUGCUUGCUGCCGGGUGGGGGCAUAAGCUACUCGCCCUCCUGCCUUCCCCAGCAAAUGACACUGCAAGGGAAUGUUCAGAAGCUGAGCUGCCAACUUGAAAUAGACCGCAGUGGCCUUGGAUUCCCCUAAAUAUUUGUCCUGCUCAAAUGAGAAGCAAUAAGUUGACUUCUCGCUUGACAGUGCAAGUUGACCUGCGACUUGGCAGUUGUGCCCUCUGCCUCGAAUACUAGACCAGGUCAUCUGGGAUAGCUGCUCAAUCAUGUGAGCAUCUCCUCCUCAGCUGUUUCCUGCCAUAGGAAAGGACCCCUUUGUUUCUUAAGGCCCCCUUCUCAUAGAGAAAUUGUGUGUGGAGGGAGAAGUUCUCUCUCUGUCAUAAUACUAAAACGUGGGGCAAUCCAACGAAGCUGAAUGCUGGUGGGUUCAGGGCAGAGUUAAACUGUGGAACUUAUCGCCCAUGGAUUUGUCUAGCGGUGGCCAGUGUUAGAAACUCAGAUAUAUAAGCCAAUCACCAUAGGGUACCUUAAACCUAUGUUGCGUUUACCACAAUGGAAGGUCUAGGCGCCGUUUUGUUUUUACAGUGGAGUUUCGUUGUUGUUGUUACUCAUUUCUGUGCCUCUGUGCCACUUUAUAUUUUAAAGUACAAAUCUCAAAGCGGGUUGCAAUGCCUUCAAACAUCAAACAAUCCAGGAUAAAACAAAUUUGAGCUUCAAUGAGAAUAUUUCAGAUCCUUCUCUAAGUGACAUUUUGCUUUCCCCAGUCACCAGCCUGGCAUCCAGAGUUCUCCACACGGUCGCAGUUGGGCCUGUGCCAGUUGCAAAAUGAUUUCUAACACGGCCAGUGGCUGCUCUGCCUCCACUCUUGGAGGAGGCAACCUGCCUCUGAAUACCAGUUUCUUGGAAUCGCAAGCAGGGAGAGCCCUUUUAUAUGCAGAAGUAUGUUCUGUCCCACUGAACAUACCGUUACCCUAAAUACGAAGUCAGCUUCCAGUCUUUCUCAUUCAUUCAGCUCAGCGUUGUCUGCACAGACUGGCAGUAAUCGGUCUCCAGGGUUUCAGGCAGGCUUUUCUCCCAGUGCUACCUGGGAAAUGCUGCCGUUGGUGGAUGACCACGGGACCUUUUGCUCUUGUCAGUGAGUUACGGUCCUUUUCUUUCAACAUAACGCAGGGUCAUAGCUUUCAAUGUUUCCCUUUUUUAAAGGGAAAUUCCCUUAUUCCGAAUAGGAAUCCUCGCAAGAAAAGGGAAAAGUUGACAGCUAUGCGCAGGGUUCUAGUCCUCAUGGUGUUGAAUAAAUAGCUGAUUUAAACAGGAGCAUAGGAAGCAUGCCUUGUGCCGAAUCAGAAUACUGGCUCCUGCCAGCCAAAUCUCUUAUCAGAAGCUAACAAAGCAUUUUGGACCUCGGGCAGAACCCCCAAAUUAAAAUGAGGCCGGUUUGAGUUUUGCCACUGUGGUACCAUUUGACACCCCUGCUCAUCCGCCAGCGGCUGGAUUGUAUGCCGUCAGAAGCGGCUGCGUUUCCCCCUUUGUUGGGUCUCGGCGCGGCAACUCCCAGCAUGCCUUGCUUUGAAUCCUUGGCGCCGCGUGCGAAGCACAUCCUCCAGGGUGGUUAAUAUUUAAUGCGGUGCUGGCUGGGCGAACGGACCGCAGUCUAGGAAAUCAAGAGAGAGAGAGAGAGAGAGAGAGAGCGCGCAAAUCCCAGAGUCUCUGAGGAGGUGGCAUUGAAAGGGGUCUGGAGUGGGAGGUGGGGAAGAAAUGGUUUUGUCUCUCGGCUGCGCCUCAGCAGCCAAGGAUUAUGGACCCUCUUGUGUGGGGGUGCUGGCGGGGGGUGGGUGGGGUCGGCAGCUGUGGUGUGCAGAGUGCUUUGGCACUCCAAAUGAUGUCAUCCGGGCAAAGCUGCGACUCUGGUCAUCCCCCGAAAUCGAAGUUGACACGCAGAUAAAAAACGGGGGCCCGGAUUCUGCUUCAAGAGAGAGCGAGAAAGAGCAUAAAACUGAGCGUUCCUUGUUCAUUUUAUGGCUCGGUUUCGUGUAUUCUGCUCUUGCCCUUCUUGGGAGGGGCAGCAAGUUACGUGGGACAGUUUCCAGCAGCAGUUAGGAUCUUUUGAAAAGGAAAAAUAUAUAAAGUGCUGGAGAGGUGGAGCUGGCUUUUGUUCAUUGUUCCACCUUCUGUAUUUCUCACGUAAAAAGCCUUGGCUUAUGGGUGGUUGCGGUUAGGAUUCUGGUAGCAUAUUUGGACAUGAAAAAGGAGAUGUGGAGAAGAUUGGGGUGGGGAAGCAAAGUGAUACAGGAGGGGAAUACCCACAGGAAAACAUUUUUUUUCUUUGGCACAACAUGAGGCCUAGAAACUUGAUGCGUUGACAUAAGGAUUCUCAAAACAUUCAGGAGUCCAGGAUCCGUGUGCUUCCAGUGUGUAAAGUAGCCCUGGGUUGUGUAUGCGCUUUGCCAGUUGCCCGUUGGUUGUUUGAGAGAGCCAUGCGAUCGUGCCGGAGUUUGCAGUUGAUAGAAUCGUAGGAUUGUAGAGUUGGAAGGGACUCCAAGGCUCUUCUAGUCCAGCCCCCUGCAGUGAUGUGUUGUGCAGGUGCAUUGGCUAGAGCAGUUUGUGGGUUGCUAGUUCUGUCCACACAGUCCCUGGCAUUCAGCCGCUUUCUGCCACUUCAAAACUUUAAUGUGGCCUUCCCGAGCCUCCUCUCUCUCCCCAUACUGUGUUCUGGACUACAACUCCCAUCAUCCUGUGCUGGCUGAGGCAGAUGGGAGUUAUAGUCCAAAGCAGGGGUAAGCAAGCUUUUUCAGCGGGGGGCCGGUCCACUGUCCCUCAGACCUUGUGGGGGGCCGGACUAGAUUUUGAAAAAUAAAUUAAAAAUGAACGAAUUCCUAUGCCCCACAAAUAACCCAGAGAUGCGUUUUAAAUAAAAGGACACAUUCUACUCAUGUAAAAAUACGCUCAUUCCCGGACUGUCUGCGGGCCGGAUUUAGAAGGUGAUUGGUCCGGAUCUGGCCCCCGGGCCUCAGUUUGUCUACCCAUGGUCCAAAGCAUCUGGAGGGCUGGGAGUUCAGUUGUGGGGGCAGCGGGCUGCUCUGUACCUUUGACAAGGAGCCCUUCUCAGAUGGACUUACCUGCUAAAUAAUUUCUCUGUGUUACAGAAGAUUCUGGGGCAUCAGUGUACACCCAGUUUGUGCAAGGCAUCAGCCUGGUCCAGGCCACAUUGUCAUUAACUGUGAUUCCUGUGUUGCGGGAAGUUGGGUAGAUGGCUCCUGGGGUCCCUUCCAAUUUGAUCAUGCUGUCAGUAAUAGCAUCACGUCUCUGAUUUUCAUUUCUUCAACAGACCGUGUGUGUGUCGUAAGGGGUUCUUGGAAACCCAUCCAGAUUUACAGACAGCCUAAUUUUUUGCUGAAAGGUUAUUUAGUUACUGAGGUUUUUUUUUGCCGUUUCCUUAGUGGAGGAGGGUGGGAUGUUGAUCUUUAAUUUGGUACAAUGUGGCAAAGUGACUUGUACAUCCCUCCCCCCAAAAAUUCUCAAUGCAAAGGUCCAAGGAUUCGUAAUUAAAAAUAAACAAAUCACCAAUUUUCACCUUUCAAACUUUGCAACUCUUUCUUUCUUGGGAGCAUUUAGGCAACCAGAGUGAUACAUAAAUGGAAACCUUUUAGCUACAAAUUAAAACUAGCAUAAUAUCCCAGUUGGAUAAAAGGGUCUUCACCACAAGUGUCUACCUGCUGGCUUUCUAAACUUGUUUUAAAUGUAUUUUUGGGGUGGGGAAGCAGGUGUUAAAACUUUUAAAAAUUAUCUUAUGUGUAAAUUGCCUUGAGAUGGUGGUUUAGAAGGCAAUUGAUAAAUUAAUUGUAAAACGAGCCUUCCCUCCUAGUAUCUGAUUGUAGUCAGUCCGGGCUAGACCCCCACCCACUGAAUCUUUUGUACAGUCGCAGAAUUAUUGCAUUUUGAUGGGGUGCACUUGUAAUGUCCAAUUCUCAGGCCCCCCACCCAAGACUCCAAAGUGCUUAGACUCCAAAGUGGUUUCAGAGUCUGGGAAGGGCUAUACCACUUGGCACCUGUUGACAGAAUGAGGAAAGCAGAGUGGGCACCUAUGCCAGGCAGGGCCCUUGUCUUAGCCCCACCCCCCACCCCGCAGUUGUUAGCAGUUUUGGGGGUAUUGGAUGAGAGCCUGAAUCCCCCACAAACCCCCCACUCCACAAAUAUUUUUGCAAAUUGCAGAGGAAUAUUUCUCCUCCUAUCAUAGUUGCUAGGGGAUGUAUGUGGGCUUUUUUGGGUAUAUUGUUAUAUUCUCUGUUGUGUUGCUGUUUUGUCACGUUGUUAUGAAAUCGCUUUUGCCCUUAGCACCCCCGUUUCCGUUCUCCGCGAGCUGCUUUGAGUGCAGCUUCCCCCCCACAGCAAAGCACCAGGAGGAUAAAAUUGCAACCGCAGCAGCUCUCUGGUGCAGCCCCCUCCAGAAUCUGGCGUUCGGGACUGGAGGUGGCAAACUCCCUUGGGAUGUAUUUGUAGAAGCCUGGGACAGAAAGUCUAGGAAUCAUGGCCGAGAGUGGAUUGUAUGUAGUUUGGCCACUCGCCUCCCGCAUGCCACACACAAGUCUUUCCCAGGCUCCUGUGCCUAUUGGAAAGAGGAGGGCAUGGAUUUAAAGCCAGGGGUCUGCGAGCGUCAGAGUUGGCGUCCCCCUGCCUGGGGCACGCCGGGUCCUCUGUGCCAGUUCUUCUGCUCCAAACUGCCUGGCAGACUCUUUCUCUCUCUCUGUGUGUGUGCUCCUCCUUCCUUCCACAACCCUCUCUGUGUGUGCUCCACGCAGAGGUUGGAAGGGGGGGGCAGGCGUCCCAUGCGGCUUGGAGCAGGAGCAAGUCAGCUGUAUGGUAAUGGGCAGAGCGGGCGGUUGGGGAGGGUGUCGGAGGGGCAGGGCCGGUGGUCCAGCCUCCUUGGUGCCUCUGCCUUUGUCUCGGCUUGCCUGUCACGCUCGGCUUCCCUCCUCUCCCUCCUUCUCCCAUGCAGAGGCCGGCCGGGACAGCCUCCGCCGCACGCCUCCGGACGCCCCCGGCAGCCCCGGCAUGACAUCGGGGAACAACGGCAGCUCUGCCUCCACCGUCGCCGGCGCCCCUCAGAACGGUGAGAACAAGCCGCCCCAAGCCAUUGUGAAGCCGCAGAUCCUGACCCACGUCAUCGAGGGGUUUGUGAUCCAGGAGGGGGCUGAGCCGUUCCCGGUAGGUAGCCAACAAACCUGGCGGGGGGGUGGGUUGAGUUGGGGGUGGGGGAGCCCCAGGGCAGUGCAUGGGUAGGUGUUGGUGGGCUGCCUUUGUUGUGGGGCUUUGGGAAGGGUGGGCAUUGAAAUCCCAUGGCAAGAAAACUUGAGGGUUGUGCUUGGGCACGUGCAGAUGGCAAAGGGUUUCACCCACCCACACCCUGGCGUUUCUGUUUUCACAAAGGCUGUGGGGGGAGAGUGAACUUGGCUGGGACUGGAGGGGGCAGAGAAACUGGUCGGAGCACGGGGCGGGGGGGAGCUGGUUUACAUGGUUGGGGUGAUGCAAGGGAGCCCAGGGUCCCUCCUCGCAAUAUAAAAUCUUACCAAGUCCCAAGCACAUUUCAAGUGCUGUGAUGCCACUUGAAGCAGCUGUGGCUUCCCCCAAAUAAUUAGAGGAGCCGUAGUUUGUUACAGGUGCUGCAAGUUGUAGGGGAGACUCCCUUAUCCUCCCUUCCCAGCUACAGUUCCCAGAGUUCCCUGGGAAGAGCUAUUGAAUUUUAAACCACUCCAGGAAUUGUAGCUCUGGGAGGGAAAUACGGGGUCUUCGAACAAUUCUUAACAAACGGAACAUCCCAGGAUUCUUUGGGGGGGGGAUUCAAGGUGGCACCGUAGCGCUUUAAAUGUGUCGUGUGGAAUGCGACCUCCGAAUGCGCUGUUCAGAGAUCCCUGCCCAGCCAGGCCAGAGCCACCCACCCACAGCCCUGCGCUCCCAUUUCUGGCGCUCUUGUUUCCAAGGUGCAUAUAGCCAAGCGUUUCUCCCGCUGCAGCUGUCAGUCGAGCGUCCGCCCUCCCCUCGUCCUGCGGGGCCAAGGCCACCCGGGUCUCCCUGGAAGAAGAGAAGGGGGAGGGGGCUGCCUUCCAAGCUGCCUUACGCCGACUCCCUUGUCGAAGCACCUCCCUCGCCCAUCUCUCCUUCGCUGGAGGUUUGUAGAACAGAGGUUUGGAUGGCCAUCCGGCAGUGGCGAUUCCAGGGGGUUGGACUAGAUGACGCUCGGGGGGUCCCCUUCCUGCUUGACGUGACUGUGGUUCUUUGCCAGGUGGGGCGCUCUUCGCUGCUGGUGGGGAGCCUCAAGCAGAAGUAUGCCCAGGACCUCCUGGCCGAGAAACCCCAGCACCAGGACAACAACACAACCACCACCACCGACUCUGAAAUGGAGGACCCCUAUCUACAAGGUAGGCCCAGCGGAAAGCCUAGGUAAGCAGAGAGAGAGAGGGACCUGGAGCAUGUGCAGAGUGCCUUUCACUUGUUCCCUCAAGGAGCAUUAGGGAUUGAUGGGGCAGCUUCCCAGCAGAGAGGUGUCGUAUCAAAACGUGCAGAAAAGCAGAACAAAUAUUUGGCACAACCCUCUUCUGCAAAGGUGGAGAACCUGUGGAUGUUUCUGGGCUCAUAAGAUCACCAGAAGAGGCUGCUGGAUGAGCCUGUUCUCACAGUGGCUGACCAGUUGCCCCAGGGGGAAGCCAGACUGGGAGAGUCCCUUGUCUAAAACCCUUGAGAAAUGCUGCCGGUCUGUGCAGGCAAUAGUUAGCUGGAGGGAGAAAGGGUCUGCAGUUCCUGACGUUCCUGUGAUGGGAGCCACAUCUGGUGGCCGCAGGUUCCGCAGGUACCUGGCUGGAAAAACAGCAAUCGACUGCUGGGGGUUGGGCUAGAUGACCCCUGGGGUCCCCAUCCGGUUCUGCCAUUCUGUGAUUAAGAGGUGCCUGAUCCAGCAGGGCUUCUUAAAUGUGGGUGCAAGGGUUUGGGGGGCUUUGCUGCCUUUUGUGGCUUUGAGGUGAGGGGUCCUAAAAAACUCUGCUUUCCUUCCCCAGAAUCCAAAGACGACGGAUCACCCCCGAAGCUGAAAUGCGAGCUCUGCGGCCGCCUUGACUUUGCCUACAAGUUCAAGCGGUCAAAGCGGUUCUGCUCCAUGGCCUGCGCAAAGAGGUACCUCCCUGGCAGAACCGUCUGCCUGCCCUUCUCCUUGAAGGGGCUGUAGCUCAGGGCAAAGCAGCUGCCUUGCUUGCGGAAGGUCCUGAUAGCAUCUCCAGGCUGGCAGCUCUAGGAAUCUCCCCUGCCUGAAAACCCAGAGAGCCACUGCCAGCCAGAGUAGGCAGUGUUGAGCUAAAUGAACCCAGGGUUUGACUCCAUUAUAAGGCGUAUUCCCACGUUCCACAAAUUUUGUGCUGGGUAGCAGCGGAGAAGCUUUUAUAUAGCUGAUUACUCUACACACACACUGGGCUGCACUGCUUUUAUCGUCUGUAUUUUAACAUGGUUGCUUUUUAUAGUGCUGUGGUGCUGUUUGGGUCUGAUUACUUUCUAGAAAUUAUUAAUAUUAUUAAUUGGAUUUAAAUUCCAUCCUAUACCCGGAGUUCUCAGAGCUAUUCACAGAACGAAAUAAAAACAUAAAACCACAAAAUAUACCAUCAAAAUAAAAACAACAACCCAAUAAAAUACCUUGUAUGUUUUUAAGCUUUUUGUAUUUUGCCCAGUGUUGUUUUAAUUUGCGAGUUGGCGGGGUGGGAGAAGGAGGGGUAGAAAUAAAAACAAUCAUAAUUAAUAAUACAAGGUUGGAAUGUUGGCCACGCACAGGCUUUGACCUUCUCUCUCUCUCGCAGGUACAACGUGGGUUGCACAAAGCGUGUGGGGCUCUUCCACCCAGACCGCAGCAAGCUUCAGAAGCCCAACACGCCUCCACACGGCCGGCGUCGGACCUGCAAGGGCUCCCUUCCCCCUCUCAGCAAAGAGAACAAGAAGCAGGUAAGAGCCUUCUGGAGUUAUCCAGGGGCAAGGAACUUUUUUGCACAGCGGAGGAGAAAUUUGGGAGCAUCAGGUAUCUCUUUGUGUCUCCCUCCAGUGCACCUGCCACAGGCCCAAGAGGAGCAUAGUGCAUGGUUUUAUCUUUCUUCUUCCCCAGAGUCCUCAGUUUCCGACCUCUAAAAUGGGCCCAUUUGGGGUCCUGCAUGGAGGAACUGCCACAUUUAAUCCCCUCCUCAAAACCCUGUGAAGUAGGUUAGGCUGAGAAAAGGCAGUGGCUAAGUGCCCAAGGCCACACCCGGGAAUCUUUAUCCAUGACCAAGUGGGGAUUUGAACCCGGGUCUCAUGGGCCACUUUCCCAUGUUAUCCUCACAGCAAGUGACUGUCUAAGAGGGGAAGCUAAGAGGCAGUGACUGGCCCAAUGAGCUUCAUGACCAAUGAGUAGGGGACUUAAACCUAGUUCUUUCCCAGGUCCUAGUCCUGCACCCUAACCACUACACCACACUGUCCCCCCGGAACACGAUAACAAAUUGUUUGCUACACAUGCUUGGAAGAAGAGUUCUCAGCUGCAGAGUGGACAUUUGCUUUCAGGCGGUGCUGGGUUCAUUUGUAAUGAUAAUUUCUUCACUAAAUUCUAAUAAUUGAAAGAUCUCAAGAGUCAACUUCAGGGGAAAGGUAUUAUUUGCUGCAUGUUAAUCUGCCCAUAAUUUAUGCAGAGAUCCAAGGGAAAGAUUUCCUUGCUGAUGUGUGAGAACAGGAAUGCCCAGUUCAGUUUCUUCUGAGCUGUCUCAGAAGUUCUUUUCGCACAGUCUGCAAAAAAAAAAGAUUACAAAAGGGAGACGAUAUUGCUAAAGCGGAGUUGGCCAAUGGUUCCUCCCCUUUUUACUUCAUCUAAUGUUGCUGAUGUUCGUUAAUAUUAUUACUGCAUUCGCAUUUUGGUAUAUUGUAGUGUAAUUUCGAAAAGUUUCUCAAUUUUGUUGAAUUAAGUAAAUAAUUCCCGUUGGGUUCUGAAUAAACGCACAAUGAAUCGUUCCUGUUCUGUAUUUUAUUGUGUGGUUACCUUCCUCUCAUAAGCUGUGCAGACUGCUAUUCUAUGAUCUUGUGGAACCAAAGGGGGCAGUGGCUCCAAAGAAAUUGAGGAGCCCAGGGAGUUAGCGCAGUAAACAUACAGAUGUUGUAACUGAGCCUCCAGACAGCAGCUGCCAGCCAGAGGAGGCAGCACUGGGCCGGAUGGGGCAAUAGCACAGCCUCCUAAAGUGGGGUGCUCCUCUGUGUUUGCAGGCGCCGGUAUCGCUGCCCCCUGGAUCGGGGCCCAUUUCCGUCUCCGGGUCUCUGCAGCUGGCUCACGCGCAGGAGGACUCCAGCCGCUGCUCGGACAACUCCAGCUACGAAGAGCCCCUCUCGCCCCUCUCGGCCAGCUCCUCCGCCUCCCGCCGGCGCCAGGGCGAGCGCGACAUGGAGCUGCCCGAUGUGCACGUCCGAGACCUGGUGGGCAUUGGGCACCACUUCCUGCCCAGCGAGCCCACCAAGUGGAACGUGGAGGACGUCUACGAGUUCAUUCGGUCCUUGCCCGGUAAGGAUUGGGGCCUUCCGCCUGCCUGCUUAGGAAGGGAACCUUGGAGCGGUCCAAGUUGGGCAGAAAUGAGCCUGCCCCCCUCUCUCCCAAUUCUCUGGUCUGGUGGGAAGCCCAAUAUUUUCCGGUGUUGCUACUUUGAGGAGUUAAGUUUAUGGAUGGAUUUGAUUUGGUUACGGAAAUAUCCCAGGGGUCAUUUAGCCCUAACUUCCCUGCAUUGUGGGAACCACAGCUGAAGCAUCGGCCAUCCAACCUUGGCUUAGAAAUCUCCAACCAAGGAGAGCUCACCAGCUUCCGAGGGAGUCUGUCCCACUGUUGGAACAGCUCUUGGCAUUGAGAAGUUCUGACCGUUUUCUGGUGAUGAUUAAAAACAUAAUAAAACAUUGAACAUGGAAAACUCCCGACAGAGGGCUGUAUUUCAGAACUCCUCUAAAAGUUGUGUCAUUCUUAAUCUGCUUGAUGUCAGAUGAGAGGGCGUUCCACAGGGAGGGCGCCACCGCUGAGAAGGUCCUCUGCCUGGUUCCCUGUAUUCUCACUUUCUCGCACUGAUGGGGCUUUUCCUCUCCCCCUGCCGCAGGUUGCCAGGAGAUUGCGGAGGAGUUCCGGGCGCAAGAGAUCGACGGCCAGGCCCUGCUUCUCCUGAAGGAGGACCACCUCAUGAGCGCCAUGAACAUCAAACUGGGCCCAGCCCUCAAAAUCUACGCCCGCAUCUGUAUGCUGAAAGACUCCUAG